GCUUAGGUCGCGUGACGUACGCCUGCGCGCUGAGGACCUGCGGCGCCUGUCUCCCGGCUUCGGAUCCGCUGCCGGUCGGCGCGGCUGUGGCGGCCAUGGCGGAGGCGGUGAGGCAGCAGGCGGAGGUCGUGCGGCGCCUGAAGCAGGAGAAGGCCGGCCCGGAAGAGAUUGCCGAGCAAGUGGCAAAGCUCCUGGAGAUGAAGGCAGCAAUCUGUCCUGAGGAAGGGAAGCAAAAGUUUGUCCUCAAGACACCCAAGGGUGCAAGGGACUACAACCCCAAGCAGAUGGCCAUCCGCGAGAAAGUCUUCAACAUCAUUGUCAGUUGUUUCAAGCGCCAUGGAGCUGAGACAAUAGACACCCCAGUAUUUGAACUCAAGGAAACGUUGACUGGGAAGUAUGGGGAGGACUCCAAGCUCAUCUAUGACCUGAAGGAUCAGGGGGGAGAGCUGCUGUCCCUUCGCUAUGACUUGACUGUACCGUUUGCCCGUUAUUUGGCUAUGAAUAAGAUCAGCAAUAUUAAGCGCUAUCAUAUUGCCAAGGUCUACAGGCGAGACAACCCAGCCAUGACAAGAGGCCGCUACCGAGAGUUCUAUCAGUGUGAUUUUGACAUUGCUGGCCAGUACGAUCCCAUGAUUCCUGACGCGGAAUGCCUGAAGAUUGUGCACGAGAUCCUGAGCGCCCUGCAACUGGGAGAUUUUCUCAUCAAGGUCAAUGACCGCCGCAUCCUUGACGGGUUGUUUGCCGUUUGUGGGGUUCCGGACAGCAAGUUUCGGACCAUUUGCUCCACCGUGGACAAGCUGGACAAGAUUACUUGGGAGGACGUGAAAAGUGAGAUGGUCGGGGAAAAGGGGCUCUCGCCAGAGGUUGCAGAUCGAAUUGGUGAAUACGUCCAGCUCCAUGGGGGGCUUGGUCUGAUUGAAGAGCUGUUGCAGGAUCCAAAGCUGUCUCAGAACAAGCUGGCCAGGGAAGGGCUCGGAGACAUGAAGCUUCUUUUCGAGUACCUGGUUCUUUUUGGCAUCUCAGCUCAAAUCUCCUUUGACCUGAGCCUGGCUCGCGGCCUAGAUUACUACACUGGGGUGAUCUACGAGGCUGUCUUGCUCCAGCCGCAAAAUGACCACACAGAAGAAUCUGUUGGCGUGGGCAGCGUGGCUGGAGGGGGCCGCUACGAUGGACUGGUGGGGAUGUUCGACCCUAAGGGGCGGAAGGUGCCCUGUGUGGGAGUCAGCAUCGGCAUUGAGCGCAUCUUCUCUAUUAUGGAGCAGAAAGCAGAGGCUUCUGAGGAGAAGGUCCGGACAACAGAGACGCAGGUGCUUGUGGCCUCUGCUCAGAAGAAGCUCCUUGACGAGAGGCUGAAGCUUGUCUCGGAGCUGUGGGAUUCGGGCAUCAAGGCAGAGAUGCUUUAUAAGAAGAACCCCAAACUCCUGAACCAACUGCAGUACUGUGAGGAAACGGGCAUUCCACUUGUAGCCAUUCUUGGGGAACAAGAACUGAAGGACGGGGUGGUCAAACUGCGGGACGUCACUACCAGAGAAGAGGUGGAUAUUUGCAGAGGAAAUCUUAUGGAAGAAAUCAAGAGGCGGACGUGUCUCUCCUAGGACUCUCCGUGCCGCCCACGUGGGGAAGAUUUCCUGGAUUCCCUCUGGGGAAUAGCGGAGUCCUUCCACAAAAGGCCACGUCAGUUUUGCCCGGGGUGCAAUUUUGGACAGUCUGGGGCGGUUGCCCUCCUAGUCCAAGCUGUAUUAUUUAUUGUAUUCCGAAGGACCUUUUCACUGGGCACGAGAUGGAAAAACAAUCUUUUUUUAAAAAGGUCACUUCAGAAGCCAAUUUUUAGAGGGGCCCUAACCAAUCUACGAGCGUUUUGGUGAUGGCAUAGGUUGGCUUGGUAGGGUGGGACUUCAUUCAUCCACACACUCUCCCUAUUCUUCUGGCUUCACACCAUUAUCAUUUGAAACUGUUGAGUGGCAGUUUAAUAAAACAUAUUACAGCUGCA